GGGCCACUGGGUCUGGAUGGAAAACCUGGACUUCCAGGCCCCAAAGGGGAAAAGGGUGCACCAGGAGACUUUGGCCCCCAGGGAGAUCCUGGGCAAGAUGGAGCUGCUGGGCCUCCAGGGCCCCCAGGACCCCCUGGGGCCCGGGGCCCUCCUGGUGACACUGGGAAAGAUGGCCCCAGGGGAGCACCAGGCCCAGUGGGUCCCAAAGGAGAAGCUGGACAAGAUGGUGCAAUGGGCCCAAGUGGACCCCCAGGGCCCAAGGGUGAGCCCAGUGUUUCUGGGAAGAAGGGGGAUGAUGGGAUACCAGGCCAACCAGGGCUCUCUGGACCCCCAGGGCCCAAGGGAGCAAGGGGGCCUCAGGUAGAGAAAGGCACAGACUGAGCCCUGGGGCCCAAGGGGGAGCCCGGCCACCCAGGCACUGAUGGAGCUGCGGGGCAGCGGGGUCCCCCAGGCCUCAAGGGUGAACAAGGAGACACAGUGGUAAUUGACUACGAUGGCAGGAUCUUGGACGCGCUUAAGGGUCCUCCUGGGCCACAGGGGCCCCCAGGGCCACCAGGGAUCCCCGGAGCCAAGGGCGAACUCGGAUUGCCUGGUGCUCCUGGAAUCGAUGGAGAGAAGGGUCCCAAAGGACAGAAAGGAGACCCAGGAGAAGCUGGACCAGCAGGACCCAAAGGGGAAGCAGGAGAGAUGGGCUUGUCAGGCCUCCCGGGUGCCAACGGCCCCAAGGGAGAGAAGGGAGAGUCGGCAUCUGACAAGCUACAGGAGAGCCUGGCCCAGAUCAUGGCAGAACCAGGGCCCCCAGGCCCUCCUGGUCCCCCAGGCCCCAUGGGCCUUCAGGGGAUGCAGGGUCCCAAGGGCUUGGAUGGAGCAAAGGGAGAGAAGGGCUCGUCGGGUGAGAGAGGACCCAGCGGCCUGCCUGGGCCAGCUGGCCCACCAGGCCUUAUUGGGCUGCCAGGAACCAAAGGAGAGAAGGGCAGACCCGGGGAGCCAGGACUAGAUGGUUUUCCCGGACCUCGAGGAGAAAAAGGAGACCGGAGUGAGCGUGGAGAGAAGGGGGAUCGCGGUGUCCCGGGUCGGAAAGGAAUGAAAGGCCAGAAGGGCGAGCCGGGACCCCCAGGCCUGGACCAGCCAUGUCCUGUGGGCCCCGAUGGACUGCCUGUGCCUGGCUGCUGGCAUAAGUGAUCCUGAGCACGCAGUUUACAACCUGUAUAGAUCCAUAUGGACAUUUUUAAUUUUUGUAAAAACAAAACAGUAAUAUAUUGAUCUUUUUUCACGGGAUGCAUCACCGAUACCUGUGGCCUUUUAACAUCGGAGAGUGUGCCUAGCCCAGCCCCAGGACAAUCAGUGUGUGAAGCUGGCAGGAAAGCGGACAGGCCUCCUGGGGGCACUGUGUACUUCCGGGGCUCCCUCGGGGCUUGACUUUCCCAGGAAGGAGAUGAAGGUAAAUUGCCUGGCUCAGGAGAGGCUGCAGAGAGGCCAGGUUAGGCUUUCAACCGAAAGCAGAGACUGAGAGCAGAGACUCCGGCUGUUCCGCUGCCCUGCAACAGCCUGCCCUCUGAAGCUCUGGAGCCUCGGAGCCAUGCCAUCUACAAAGGCUCGUGGCAUGAAUAGCAGACACAACUGAUCUUGGCCUCUCUGGCCUCUGCACUCAGCCACAGCCAGCUGCCCACCAUUCUGGGCCCCCUUGGGCCCUGGCUUCACCAGGGCAGGACUCCCACCCAGCACCCAUAGCUGGAGCUGUGGGAAGCAACCUAAGCGGGCUGAGCUCCCAUUGAGUGCCACAGGCCUCAGGAACCAGCCUGCCUGCUGUGAGAACAGGUGUCCUCUGGCCAGGAGUGAAGGCCAGGCUCUGUGAUCACCACCACGUGGACCCGGCAGCAGGGAGCCCUGUGAUCCUCGAAGGCGGAGGUCCCAAGCUGGAAUGUCUGCUGUUUCCUGUUUUUCACCACACCCCCACCACAUGAGGGACAUGAUGGGACUGCCAGCCUGAGCAGAUGGACCGCCAGCCCAGAGUUUGGGUCUCAAUGACCCCAAGGCUCCCCACCCAGGGGAUUUCUGGUCAGUCUGCCAAAAAUGGGUCCUCUGAGUGAGCUAUGCAAAUGAAAAGAGCCUCAGGGCUGCUUCCACGCCUGUCUGAGUAGGCGACCUAUGCCCUCAACCGAGGAUGCUCUGAGAAGAGGUUCCCUCCUCUGACAAGGGGCCCCGGCCACCAGCUCCAGACCAACUAGUUGCCUCCCCUCUCUGUGUAGAUGGAUAUUGUUGUGUGUAAUAAAUCACAAAUGUGUGUCUGGGUAUGUCUGUCCUUGCAGACUGCCCCUAGUGCCAUCCCUA